GGGAGGGUUGGGGAGCCCAGAGCUCGCGGGACCGCUCUCGCCCGGUCUCCUCCAGCACAGCGUCGCAAACCCCGCCGGAAAGCGUGACGGCGCAGGCGCAGGCGCGGAGAUCCGAGACGGUGGUGGUGGCUGCCGCUGGCCAGUGUAAGAUGGCGGCGGCGUCGGUGGCGGCAGUGGACGGGGCGGCUGGGCCUGGAACAGUCGGAGCAUCCACUGGCAGAAGGAUGACCCUAGCUGGGAAGCGGGCUGCCGGGCCUCGCCAGCUCCCGUGCUUGUAACUGCCCCAGCCGGACGCCCUCCCCUUGACCUACCGGGUCCGUGUUUCGUCCGGCUCGGCCUGUCCCCCCCUCUCCCCGACCCACUCUCCCGCAGGACCGGCCGGAUCCCUUUCCUGAAACUCCCAGACUUUAAGUCUCGUUCCCCUCCCCCGAGUCAGUGCUGGCAGGACUACUCGUCCUUGGCCCGGGUCGGUCGGCCCACAGCGGGGUCGCCCCCUAGGGCCACCCUCCAUGAUUCGCAGGGACUUCUCGUCCGAUCCGGUGACCCAUUCGUAAACUCUCAUUUCGUCUCCCUUUAAUAAUCUGGGGACCCGGCUCCGGCUGCGUUUCCCCCCCACCCCCGUCACUUCGAGGCCACCGCGCAAUGUGCCCCCUUCCCCCAUCCCAAGUUCUCAGGCCCAGCACCGAGUACGGAAGGCCGAGGUCCAACAAACUGGCAGUCUUGUUCUCGAAGGCUUUGUGAUCUCGUUCUCUUAGUGUGACUUCCCCCCCAACCCUUGUCCCGAAAUCUUUUAGGACACCUUAGAACGGUCCCGCUUGCUGCUUAUUAGUUGGAAAGCAUCUGGCGGCUUGAAUUUCUGACUCAUGAUUGUUGGUGUAGUCCUGUAAACAAACCCGCACUGGAGCUAUCACAUUCUCCCGCGGAUUCUCCCCUCCCCCUCCCGCUGCUCUGUAGUUUCUUGAGAGGGGUGGUUUGGUUUUAGAGUUGAAAAGAUACAGGUUUUCCUCAUAAGCGACUCUUGGGAGUCUUGGUGGAGCUGGGAAGACAACUCGCCUGGCGUUUUAAAUCUUGUGUUAAGUCCUUUGUGUUUCCAUUACGGGCGUGGGUUUUGUUCUGUAGUUCAGAGUUGAAUUAGUUCUUCAGCGAACCUCCAGACCAGUUUUCUCAGGAUCUUGGGCCUGACUUCGGUCAGCGAUAAAAGCAGGAAGGCUGGCUACCAUAUUCAAGAUGUCCAGUAAAAGGCCCAACACGACAGGCGGGCGAACAGAUUUAGCUAAUGGAAGCCUGUCCAGCAGUCCAGAAGAGAUGUCUGGAGCUGAAGAGCGGAGGGAAACAUCCUCAGGGAUUGAAGUAGAGACAUCAGACCUGAGCUUGAGCUUGACUGGGGAUGAUGGUGGCCCCAACCGCACCAGCACAGAAAGUCGUGGCACAGACACAGAGAGCUCAGGUGAAGAGAAGGACUCUGACAGCAUGGAGGACACGGGCCAUUACUCCAUCCACGAUGAAAACCGAGUUCAUGACCGCUCGGAUGAAGAAGAUGAGGGUCAACCUCGGCACCGUGUACAGCGCAAACGGGCCAGCCGUGACCAGGACUCGUCAGAUGAUGAGAGAGCCCUGGAAGACUGGGUAUCUUCAGAGACAACAGCUUUACCCCGACCUCGCUGGCAAGCCCUUCCUGCCCUUCGGGAGCGGGAACUGGGUUCAAGUGCCCGCUUCGUGUAUGAGGCUUGUGGAGCAAGAGUCUUUGUACAGCGUUUUCGCCUGCAGCAUGGGCUUGAGGGUCAUACCGGUUGUGUCAAUACCUUGCACUUUAACCAGCGUGGCACCUGGCUGGCCAGUGGCAGUGAUGACCUGAAGGUGGUAGUGUGGGACUGGGUGCGGCGGCAACCAGUACUGGACUUUGAGAGUGGCCACAAAAGUAAUGUCUUCCAGGCCAAGUUCCUUCCUAACAGUGGUGACUCCACCUUGGCUAUGUGUGCCCGGGACGGGCAGGUCCGAGUCGCAGAACUGUCUGCCACACAGUGCUGCAAGAACACCAAGCGUGUGGCCCAGCACAAGGGGGCAUCCCACAAGUUGGCCCUAGAACCGGACUCUCCCUGUACGUUCCUGUCAGCUGGUGAAGAUGCGGUCGUCUUCACAAUCGACCUGAGGCAAGACCGGCCAGCUUCGAAACUAGUUGUGACAAAAGAGAAGGAGAAGAAAGUGGGGCUGUAUACAAUCUACGUGAACCCUGCUAAUACCCACCAGUUUGCAGUGGGUGGAAGAGAUCAGUAUGUAAGGAUUUAUGACCAGAGGAAAAUUGAUGAGAAUGAGAAUAAUGGAGUCCUGAAGAAAUUCUGUCCUCACCACUUGGUGAACAGUGAGUCCAAAGCAAACAUCACCUGUCUUGUGUACAGCCACGACGGCACAGAGCUCCUGGCCAGUUACAAUGAUGAAGACAUUUACCUUUUCAACUCUUCUCACAGUGAUGGGGCCCAGUAUAUUAAGAGAUAUAAAGGUCAUAGAAAUAAUGCUACAGUAAAAGGUGUCAAUUUCUAUGGCCCCAAGAGUGAGUUUGUGGUGAGUGGUAGUGACUGCGGGCACAUCUUCCUCUGGGAGAAGUCAUCUUGCCAGAUCAUUCAGUUCAUGGAAGGGGACAAGGGAGGUGUGGUGAACUGUCUUGAGCCCCAUCCUCAUCUACCUGUUCUGGCAACCAGUGGCCUAGACCAUGAUGUGAAGAUCUGGGCACCGACAGCUGAAGCUUCCACUGAGCUUACGGGGUUAAAGGAUGUAAUCAAGAAGAACAAGCGAGAGCGGGAUGAAGACAGCUUGCAUCACACCGACCUGUUUGAUAGUCACAUGCUGUGGUUCCUUAUGCAUCACCUGAGACAGAGACGCCAUCAUCGGCGCUGGCGAGAACCUGGGGUUGGGGCCACAGAUGCAGACUCGGAUGAGUCUCCCAGCUCCUCAGACACAUCGGACGAGGAGGAGGGCCCUGACCGAGUGCAGUGCAUGCCAUCCUGAGGCCCCAGACUUAGGAGGGAUGGGCUGGGGCUGCCAACCCGAUCCUGCCUGGGCAACUCUUUUUCAGUCCCAGGCCCUUACAUUCAACAGAAAUGCACUUUGGACUUUUUGUUUAAAUAAAUGAAAGAUAUCUGAAGAAGACAGAGCACAGGAGACUGAACCGGCAGAGAGCCCCUAGAAGUGAGACAUGAGACCGAGCCUGGAUGCGCUUCCAUGGGAGGUGCCAAGGACUCAGAGAAAUGGGCCUCUCCCUGAAGCUUUUUGUCAACUGGCUUGGAUAGGAAGUGGGGCUUCUUUUUCUUUAACCUCCCUUGUUUCUUUUGGGGGUGGGGUGGGGGGGUACAGUACCAACAGGCCAGAGAGAAGGCUGGGAAUGCCACUCUCUUUGGUUUAGGGUUUCACCUUUUUUUUUCCUUUGUUUUUUAAGAAGUCUGACAGUUGUGUUGUUUUUUGCCCAAGCAACCACGUCCCAUCCCAGGAUCCUGUUUUUCUGGGAAAUCCUUAAGAGCCCCCAGCCAUCCCAGCACUCUUCUCUCCUUUCACAACACUUACUCUCUGACCCUACCACAGUGCUCUCUCUUCACCCAGCGCCCCCUAACUGGGGUCUGGGAUGGGGACUGAGGAGAUGUGGGAGGGCCAAGAGGCAGAAGAACAGGACGAAGUUACCUCUUGGUUUUGUUUUUAAUUGUUCAGUGGCAGCAAUUUCCCUGUCCCUAUCACUGUUAGAGGCCUACUUUUAUAUCUAUAAAUAUAUUAAAAAGCAAGUUAAACUUGGAUGUAUCAAGUUAAAAUUAUUGUCAGAAGUUUAAAUACCUAUAUAUUCUCUAUGAAUACAAUGCAAUAAAGGGGCUUGAAGGAGAGUGAGCCAGUGAUGCUGAAGAGGUGACGUGGCCAGCUGGAUGAUUCAUGGUUGCCGUCAGAGCCUAGGGCUUACCUGUAGCUUUCCCAAGGCUCAAGGAUGGAAAGAUAGUCAGCUGUGCCCAUCUCUGCCUCAGUGCUGAGCUUUAGAAAAACAAGUUCCUCUCAACUUUGCCUCAGGUCUCCUAAUUUCCUUAAGUCUUGUGGGGGCUCCCAAGAUUGCUCCUCUCAUUAGAGGCUGGCCUGUCUUUAAAACAUGACUGAAGUGUGACUUCAGGAAGAGGCGUCACUGCUGCAGACCGUCUCCUGGUUCUGUGUAUAACAGAAAGCACACUUGCCCCCCUCCCUUUAGCUGCUUGAUUCUUUAAGCAUUCGACUCCACACCAGCUCCCUUCCUAAUGGAAGGAUGAAGGGAGAGCUUCCUGGGAAUCAAGGGACAAGCCAGUAAUUGGAGGAUUUAUUCUGGUGCCUGGGCUUGGAUCCCUGUCUCCAGCACUGGCCACUGAGUAUGAAAGUCCCUGUGGAAUUCUUACCCUAAAUGCUUGUGCUGCUCUUCCUAUGCCCCCGGUGUUCACAAGGUCCAGUCAGGAAUCCUGCAUCGUGGGAUGGCUGGAUUUGACCACACUGGGCCAGGAGGAAGUGGGAGAGAGUGGAGGGUGGUACCCUACACACUCUUUCCUCCUGACCCCAUCCAGCAGCACAGACCAGACGCCAGCUCCUGGGCUUCCUUUGUGAGCGGGGAGUGUGUGGAAACGGAGUAGUCUUAUGUCCUCACUGCUAGAGGGAUGACGAGGUGGGCUUAAAACCAUGCACUCUGGAAUUUGUUGUAUUUUUUCUCAGUAAAGCUUUUCCCCUGACUGCU